AUGGCAAUGGUUGAUGGUAGUGAUGAAGAAGAGCUGAUGUCUGACAAAGAAAAUAAGACAUGUUCUUCGCCUGCGGUCACUUUAAAACUUUCGUGGUCAAUAGAACAGAUACGAGAGGCUUUGUUAGAAUCACCAUUCGCUAACAUAUCGAUGGAAAUUCUCAUUCAAAUUUUUCGAUUACUCUCUGUACCUGAUUUGAAAAAUGUUGCAUUAGUCUGUCGAUCUUUUAAUUUAAUCGUUGAUGAUGAUGAAAUAUGGCGAUUGAAAUGCAAUAGAUCACAUAGAUUAUAUUCAAAAUCGUUUAAAGAAAUUUACAUGGACUGGAUGCAUGAAAAGUAUUUACACAAUCAAGAAUUAAAGAAUAAAGAAAAUGCUUAUGGACCUCGUGAAACGAAUUACUUAUCAUUCGACUAUUCUCUUGAAUCAACAGAUGACAUCCAAUUACCAUCUCGUGCUGGAUUCGAUGAACAUCCGGAUUCAUCAGAAGAUAUGAUUAUUGAACUAUCAGUUGAUAUUGAUAGAACAGCUCCUGAACUGAUUUCUCUAUUAGAAAAAGCAUGUGACGUUGAAGUUGACUGGCGUCGACCAGAAAUAAUCAGACAAAUGAUUAUGAGAUACUAUCGAUUCAUGCAACUAAAAGCGUCAUUUCCAGCUGAUAUUUUUCUUGUACCAACAUUAGACAUUGAAAUUGUCUGGCAAACACAUUUAUUGCGCCCAAAUAUGUAUCAAAAAGAUUGUCUGCGCUUGUUUCAUCGCGUGAUCGAACAUUCAUUAUUAAUCAAUGAUAUUGAACAAUAUCUAAAAGAACAAGCUUUCCUAGAGACUUGCCAACUUUAUGAAGAAAGGUUUGAUGAACAAUAUUGUCCUUUAUUAAUCGACAAAGAGAAAAGAAAAGACACUUUGAAAUAUCAUCGUUCUCUCUUCCGUUCAUGUCUGGCGCCUAAUUAUUCUUAUUGGGAUCAAACAUAUUUUCUAUUUGGAUCAGAAUCACCUAAAGAUUACGAAAAUUCAUUUUCAUUUACUGAAAAUGAUAUCAUUCUCGAUUAUGAUUGGCUCGACUCUUGUAAAGAAUUUAUGUACAAUUGUGUUUCAAACCAAGACUACAGUCCUCCGUACAAAAUUGAUCUCGGGUAUUUACCAAUGCAACUAUUGAAAAAAUCCUACGAACGAUUUUUGUAUAUUAUAAACAAAUAUUCAUCGAUCGAGGGAUAUCAAUAUAUGCAUCCGACACAUGCUGUAAGUAGUCAAUGA